GUUGCUAAAACGACCCAGCACAAAGACUUCUCCGCGGACAUACCCUGCCCUCUCGCAUGCAUCAUAAUAUACACAUUCACGCUAGUGUUCUAUAAAAGCGAUAGCAGUGAAUGCAUCAUGGCCACCAAUCCAACUCUAAUUUACUGCGAUACAGAGACUCAAUUAUGCCACUAUCUGAGGAACAGGUCAAGAUCAUCAAGGCCACUGUGCCUGUCCUCCAGCAGCAUGGAACGGAUGUCACAAAACUUUUCUACAAAAACAUGCUUAGCGAACGGCCAGAGCUGAACAACAUUUUCAACCAGACGAAUCAAGUGAACAGUCACCAAGCUGGAGCUCUUGCUGCAUCUUUGUAUGCCUACGCCAACCACAUCGACGACCUCGGAGUUCUCAGCCCAGCCGUUGAGAAGAUCUGCCACAAGCACGCAUCCUUGUAUAUUCAACCAGAACACUACGAGAUCGUAGGCGAAGGUGUUUUACGCGCGUUUGCGAUUGUGCUGGGUGAUGCGUUCACUCCUGAAAUCCGUGAGGCUUGGGGUGUUGCAUACUGGCAACUCGCCAACAUCAUGAUCGGACGCGAAAACCAGCUGUAUGCAGAAUCCGAAGGCUGGACCGACUGGCGCGAAUUCACCAUCGCAGACAAGAUCAAAGAAAGCGACGAAAUCACAUCCUUCUACCUCAAACCCAUCAAUGGCCAAAGACUACCAUCAUACAAACCAGGACAAUAUAUUUCCGUCAUGACCGACGUCCCACAAUUCGGAUACCUCCAAUCCAGACAAUACUCCCUCUCCGACGCCCCAAAUCCAGAAUACUACCGCAUCUCCGUAAAACGAGAAUCCGGCCUCAACCUUCACGACCCCAAAGCCCACCACCAUCCAGGCUGGAUCUCCAACAUUCUCCACGAUGAGAAACAAAUCGGCUUAAGACUCAAAGUCUCCCACCCCGCUGGAGACUUCUUCUACGAUUCCAAAACUUCCUCUCAUCAAAGCCCCAUCGUCCUCCUCUCCGCCGGCGUAGGAAUCACACCCAUGAUUUCAAUCCUCAACACUCUCAUCGCCCAACAAUCCUCUCAAAAACAAGAAUCUCAACAACCUUUCCCCAUAUCCUUUUUCCACGCUUCUCGAACCACAAGCUCACGGGCGUUCUAUUCACAUGUCAAAUCUCUCGCGGCAAAACAUCCUAAUUUGAAACAGACAUUCUACGUCAAGAAUCUCAACUCGAGGGAUGCCGUCGAUCAAGAUUACAAUCAUGUUGGAAGGAUGAGUAUUCCUAAAUUGGCUCAUACGCAACGAGGGGAUUUGUUUCUGGAUGAUGAGAAGACGAAAUACUUCGUUUGUGGACCGGAGGCGUUUAUGGAGGAUGUGAGGAAGGGGUUGAGGGAAUUGGGUGUAGAUGAUGAGAGGAUUAAGAUGGAGGUUUUUGGGACGGGGAUGUUGGGGUCGUGAGCGGAUUGAUCUCUUUGUGGCGUUGGUUUCCCUUUCAGGCGUCUCCACGGGUUUCAUACCUGGAGCGUAAUGGCUGAAUCCGAGCUGAACAGAAGGAAUUGGAUAGAAUAGAGAACAUACUCGGCUCAUGCUUUUAGAUUCAUACAUUUUUGCAAUUUUCAUAACUAAGAAUACUCGUUUUGCGAAGCUGUCAGCCAGGAACGUUACAUAUGUAAUCUCAGACUGCUCGACAACAGCCAUGCAAGUAUCUAAGCCCUCAUCUUGUAGAUUCAUCUCAUCAUUAUCGACAUUUGUGUUUUCCUUUCAUCCUGCCAUUUCCUUUCGAUGCCACCUAGAUUUCGCCUUUACAA